GACGGAUCGGAAAUAUUGUUUAUUGGUAUCGGUCGAAUCAGUUACAUUUUGGCGAGUGGCGUCACGAAAGCAUCGAUCAAUUUGACCUGUGGUACUGACUCGAGUUGGUACCUUUCGAAGAAUAAAGACAUGCUGAUCAACACUCUAUCUUGCUUAUCGCUUAUUCAAACAAUCCCAACCACCACAAAACAACAAAUACCGAUCCCAAGUCCAUCAGUGCCUGCAGUAACAACAGCAGCACCAUCGAAGACCACACCUCCAGCCCCUCCGUCGACAGCAAUACCUCCGACAACAACCACUGUCCCACCGAAAUUAAUUCCCAAAGUGAGGAGAUUUCUGAGUUGCGAAUGUGUCAUUUUGGACCGACUGAACUUUAUCGCUGAAAAACCGUUCGACCUUUCAGUAUCGUGCAAGGAUUGUCCGAAUCUGCGAGCGUUACACCUUACAAAUUUGAAAACUGGCAUAACGAGCGGUAAUCUGGUGAUUGAUCAUGAUACUACAUCAACUGGAUGUCGUUGUGUGGAUAUACAUUGCAGUGCUUUCGGGACGAGCAGCGAACAAGCAGCGAUCGUGUUCGAUGGUGAUGUCUCGAGUCCAUUCGCGAUUGCUACAAAUUCAGUCAAGUCAUCGCUUUGUUGCAACAAGCACUCUCAGUGGACUCAUGUCGACAAAACGCUGCUGAUCGUUAACAUUUCGUGCAUUCUUCUGCCUGCCAAAAACACCACUGAGAACGUGACAACAACUAAGGCAGCACCAGUUACUACAACGGCUCACCCGAUCUCACCUUUGCCUCCAACAGCGAGCUGUACCACUUGCUUAGCGCUGAAAGUUGCUCAAGUCAACAAUUCAAUGCAAACCAACGGAAUGAUCGUGAUGGACCGUACAAAAGUCAACCAAUGCAUCGUACUGCAACUGAGUUGUUCGUCGGGCAGUACUACAGCACCGAUUGAUAUUACUGAACCGGGCGGUAUGCCGUUGGUCGUUGGAGUAGGUGUGGUGAAUACCACAUUUUUUUGCAGUCAUCAAGGUCAAUGGUUGACUCUCACAGGAAAACCGGUCAAGACGGUUCUUUGUGUGAUCCCGAAAGCGAUCUGCCGUGAAUGCUCACCGGUUGUGCCGUUGGCCAUCCUCAACAGUUCCGUGCAGAAUGGCAAUCUAUUCCUCGAUCAUUACUUCACGAAUGAUGGUUGUAAGGCGAUAAAUAUCGAUUGCUUCGGUUCGAGUGCCGAUCAAGCAGAAAUCAUUUUCAAUGGAAACUACACUGCUCCAGUGGCCACUGGAAGAGGCAGUAUAUCAAUGGUGAUCAAAUGCACUAAGUCAAAAGUCUGGGCUGUUGGCGAUCGAUUGCUUGUCUCAACGGACGUGACCACCGCAGUAACUACACCCACAUCUCAUCGAGCUCCAUGUUUGAACUGUGUGCAGUUACAUCUCGGGACAAUACAUGGCGGUGGAUGGACCUCAGGAACGGUUGUAACGAAUAGCGUACCAGUGAAUGGAUGUGCCCUUAUGAGUAUCACUUGCAUUAAUCCUCAUGGAGGUAAUACUGUCCAACUUCGAACGACCAAUAUCAAUUCAACGUUGGUCUCUGGCACUGGGACCGUGCACACCGUUUUGUUCUGCAAUAGUUUAAUGCAAUGGCAAACUCUAGACGGAACUGUUGUUACUGGCAUUCUUUGUGCGGCAAAACCUCCAUGUCGAUCAUGCCCAAGCCUCGAGCCCUAUAUCAUUCCACCAACAGUACUGAACAAUUUGAACGGAAAUUUAGCCAUCGUGCAAAAUUUCGCUGCAAGUGGAUGUCGCUACGCAGUAGUUACAUGCUCUGGACUACCAACUCAUUUGACCAUGAUUGGUUUCAAUGGAAAUUAUCGAACAGCAAUAGCUAGUGGUAUAGGUAAAGCAUCAUUGCAAUUAGUGUGCACCAAUCGAAGAGUAUGGUCAAGAUCGGGUUCCAACGACACUGUCAAGUCGUUAUCAUGCGUUUUUGUCGAUAUCGCAAACGUCACAAUCCCACCAAGCGAAUGCACAGAAUGUUCAACGCCUCUCUAUGGAACUGUCACCACACCAGGAUUCGAGAGUGGAAUACUGUUCACCAAUCGAGACACGAAUGCGAAUGGUUGUUCACAGAUCAGAAUUACUUGUACCAAUCCUGUCGUCACCAGAAAAAAAAUGAGAGUCGAUCCUCAUUUUUCCGGUGACCUUAGUGACGCGCAAGGCCACAAGCUAUUCAAGGGAUCAUCUUCAAAACCGAUUUUGACCGAUUACGGGAGUACAGCGAGUGGAAAUUCAUGCGACCAUCAAACUAACGUUAUCAUGGAUCCAAAUCAUUCUCGAUAA